AUGGCGGCAGGAGUAGCAGCAUGGCUUCCGUUCGCCCGUGCGGCGGCCAUCGGCUGGAUGCCAGUGGCAGGUGCGCCCAUGCCAGUGCCACCAAAAGAGAAACAGCGUGGCUCAGACGCACUCAUCAUGUUAAACGUGAGCGGCACAAAGUUCCAGACAUGGCGUGACACGCUGGAGCGAUACCCAGACACCCUGCUGGGCAGCACAGAGCGGGACUUUUUCUACCACGAGGAAAGUAACGAGUACUUUUUCGACCGGGACCCAGACAUCUUCCGCCACAUCCUCAACUUCUACCGCACCGGGAAGCUGCACUACCCACGCCAGGAGUGCAUCUCUGCCUACGAUGAGGAGCUUGCAUUCUUUGGGAUCAUUCCAGAGAUUAUAGGGGACUGCUGCUAUGAGGACUACAAAGACAGACGGCGUGAGAACCAGGAGCGGAUUCAGGAUGAUGAGGACAUGGACCAGACCAAUGACUUGGUUGCUGCAGACCUCAGCUUCCGGGAGACCAUGUGGCGUGCCUUUGAGAACCCACACACCUCCACCAUGGCUCUGGUCUUCUAUUAUGUAACAGGAUUUUUCAUUGCAGUGUCAGUGAUGGCUAACGUGGUGGAGACGGUGCCGUGUGGCGCUAUGCCUGGCCGUGUGAAGGAGAUGUCAUGUGGGGACCGAUAUGCGCUGGCUUUCUUCUGCCUGGACACCGCUUGCGUCAUGAUCUUCACUGUGGAGUACCUACUGCGCCUGCUUGCUGCGCCGAGCCGCUGGAAAUUUGUGAAGAGUGUGAUGAGCGUCAUUGAUGUGGUGGCGAUCAUGCCGUAUUACAUCGGCCUCGUCAUGACAGACAACGAGGAUGUCAGCGGUGCUUUUGUCACACUGCGUGUCUUCAGGGUCUUCCGAAUCUUUAAGUUCUCACGACAUUCUGCAGGACUUCGCAUCCUAGGCUACACGCUGAAGAGCUGUGCAUCAGAGCUCGGCUUCCUGCUCUUCUCCCUCACCAUGGCUAUCAUCAUCUUUGCUACUGUCAUGUUCUACGCUGAGAAAGGAUCCUCAGGCAGCAAGUUCACCAGCAUCCCUGCUGCCUUCUGGUACACCAUCGUCACCAUGACAACACUCGGAUACGGCGACAUGGUUCCAAAGACCAUCAUGGGUAAGAUCUUCGGCUCAGUGUGCUCUCUGAGCGGCGUGCUCGUCAUCGCUCUGCCCGUCCCCGUCAUCGUCUCCAACUUCAGCCGAAUCUACCACCAGAGCCAGAGAGCCGAGAAGAGACGAGCUCAGAAGAAAACCAGGCUUGCUAGAAUUCGCGCGGUGAAGAGCGGAGGGGCUAGCGCUUAUUUGCAGUACAAACGCAGCCAGCUGCUGAUUGAGCUCGAUGAGGAGGCAUCAAAGGAAGCAGGACAGGCGCUGGUGUGUAAGGCCAACCCCAACUUUGAGGUGCACCACCACCACCUGCUGAACUGUCUGGAGAAGACCACGAACCACGAGUUUGUGGAUGAGAAGACGUACGAGGCGAGCUGCAGAGAGGUGACUCUGAUCAAGCAGGUGUCUCGCUCCUCCUCCAUCUCAUCCGCCUCACCUCACGGCUUCACUUCCUGCUGCAGCCGCAGGAAGAGGAAGUCCUUCAACGUCCCCAACUCCAACAUGUCUGUGGGUCUACAGGGCAGCAUCCAGGAGCUGAGCACCAUCCAGAUCAGAGAGAGACCGCUCAACAACAGUCGAUCCAGUCUGAACGCCAAACCUGAGGAGACGGUUCCUCUGAACUGUGAAGAGUCUUACCUCACCUCCGCCGUCAUCAGCAUGCCCACGCCGCCAGGCACCACGCCUGAAGGAGACGACUCAGCCAGCUCCACCGACUACUCCCAAGCCAACAUCGUACGAGUGUCUGCGCUCUAA